AACACACGAGCCUUGCACCUUCUUAACGGUGUCAUUGACAGGCAUAUCGCGACUUCCUAUACCAAUCAUUUUGUGCAUAUCACUUUGGAAACGCUUUCUUCAAUUAUUUUCCAAAGUUUCUUUUAUCAUGCCUUCGGCUGGAGAUGAUCUUUAACAUCUCUAACCACAAGGCCUAUUUUUGACCUCGACGCGCAUCGCGCUUGUCAUCUAACCUACACCUCACCCUCCAUUCACAACGCCGCCGAAUCUGCACGGUCGCAUCAACCCGCAUUAACUUGCAUUAACUUCAUUGAUUAUUAUAUCUUUAAUUCACAAUUUCAGAAUGUCGGCGACGCGAAACGGUCAUGCGGACGCCGCCGACAAUGGCGACUCGGUUCCCGCGCCAAUUAGCAAACGAUUCGCCGACAUCCCUAGCGCUAUCGAUAUUCCUGUUCAAGGAGACCAAGAAGAUGAGGCCGUCGAGAUUGACUUGGAGGACCUGGUGGAUGAUCCGACCGAACUCUGCACACUAUUCGAGAACGAGCAAGCUGCGCGCACUUACUGGAUGACAGUUUCUCUUGCAUAUGCGAAGCAGAAGAAGAUUGAUCAUGCCAUUGAGAUGCUCAACCGUGGUGGCAACGCCAUGCAGGAUAACAACCCUAAAGAGAAACUCAGCAUAAUCUCAUGCUUGUGUUGGAUGUAUCUCUGGAAAAGUCGCGAAGCACCUCGUGUUCUACCCGAAAACGAUACCCAAUCCGAAGCUAAGACGAAGGACUACUACCUCCAAUUAGCCACCUCUUCCCUCAACGAUGCAUCACGCAUAAACCCGGCAUUCCCGCCACUAUUUUUGGCCCGUGGUGUACUGCAACUUCUUAAAGCGUCGUUGCAGACGCCCUCCAAAAACCCCGGAGUUGGCCGCGAAGGGGAUAGGGCUGGUCAUGAAAAAGAUAAGACCGAUCUCCUGAAGAGUGCCUUAAAGGCUUUCGACCAAGCGAGUAAGGUUUCUCAGGGCAAAAACAUGUUGGCCUCGCUUGGAAGAGCAAGAGCCCUAUUUGGUCUAGGCAACUACAAGGAUUCCUUGGAGGUCUAUCAGAGCGUUUUGAAAAAGAUGCCUGAUUUAGUAGAUCCGGACCCCCGAAUUGGUAUCGGAUGCUGCCUCUGGCAGCUUAGGUACAAGGACGAUGCGAAGCAAGCAUGGGAGCGAAGUCUGGAAAUCAACCCAGAAUCGAAGACUGCCAACAUCCUACUAGGUUUAUAUUACUUAGACGCCAGCAGUCGGGUUCCUACGAAUGGUCCUGAGUUUAUUAGACUCUACAAGAAAGCUAUGAACGAGUACACGCAGAAGUCUUUCAAAGUCGACAAGAACCAGCCGUUGACGUGCGCAACAUUUGCCAAUUACUUCCUGUCGACGAAGAACCUCCCCUAUGUAGACUCGCUCGCCAACAAGGCUAUUCAGUUCACCGACGUCAACGCGAUUGCAAGUGAUGGUUGGUAUCUCCUUGCUCGAAAAGAGCAUUACAGUGGCAAUUAUGACAUUGCCGCCGAUUAUUACCGCCGCGCUGAUGAAGCCAGAGGUGGCCUGGAUAGAGGUUACCUGCCCGCCAAAUUCGGCGUCGCCCAACUUUCCGUUCUGAAUAAUGAUCUAGGCGAGGCAAAGCUCCGCCUCGAGAAGAUCAUUCAAUCUGCUAGCAAAAAUGAACGAAACUACGAGGCUAUGAUCCUCUUAGGUACUCUGUACGCCGAAGAAGUAUUUGCUAACCAGUAUGCCUCUCCUAAGGAGGACAAGUCUGCAGAGAUGCGGAAAGCCAUAGAUUAUCUGGAACAUGCUCGCACAGCUUGGAAAGACCCCAAGAAGAACCUGUCACCUGAUUCAGCAAUCUUGCUAAACUUAGCUCGUCUAUACGAGGGUGAUCACCCGGAGAAGGCCCUUGAAUGUCUGUUGCAAGUUGAACAACUCGAAUUAGACCAAAUCCCUGCCUCAGAACACCCAACUGAUGUUGAGGACGAGUCAGCUCUGCGUAAUGCGCUGCGCAAGAAUCUCCCCCCUCAAUUACUAAACAACAUUGGUUGUUUCUACUCCCAGGCCGAGAAGCACGACCUAGCAAGCCAGAUGUUCGAAGCUGCGUUGAGUUCGUGUAUGCGAAUUAGCGAAAAGGGCGAGGACGAAGAUACGGACUCUUUGGUUACUACUAUCAGCUUUAACCUCGGCAGAAGCUACGAGUCACAGGGCCUUACAGAUGAAGCCGUUGAUGUAUAUGAGAAGCUACUAGUCCGCCACGACAACUACAUAGAUGCUAAGGCACGACUGGCAUAUAUCAAAUUACGGAAGAAUCCUAAUAAGGAAGGCCCGGAUGCUGUCGCACAUUUGCAGCAAGAGAAUUCAUCGGACCUUGAGGUUCGUGCUUUGUACGGCUGGUAUCUCGGCCGAGUGAGCUCUCGAAAGCGGUCAGGUAACGUCAACGAGGAUCCAGAGCUGCGACAUUACAAACACACUCUUCAACACCACGACAAGCAUGACCGCUACGCUCUUAUCGGCAUGGGUAAUCUAUAUAUGAUGGCUGCUCGUGAGAUGCGCCGAGAUACCGAACAAGAGAAGAUAAAACGAUCUUCUGGGUACACACGUGCCGUUGAAUUCUUCGAUAAAGCGUUACAGCUAGAUCCAAAGAACGCCCAUGCCGCUCAGGGAAUUGCUAUUGCACUCGUUGAAGAUAGAAAGGAUUAUAAAGCAGCGCUUCCUAUCUUCCUGAAGGUGCGUGAGACUAUCAAGGAUCCAAAUGUUUAUAUCAACAUUGGGCAUAUCUACGCGGAGUUGCGACAAUUCUCUAAAGCAAUUGAGAAUUACGAAAUUGCGUUGUCAAAGGAGGGCAAGCAGGACGAUGCCGGUAUCCUAGCAUGUCUCGGUCGGACGUGGCUGAACAGAGGCAGACAUGAGCGAAAUUUAGACGCGUACAAGAACGCUCUACAUUUCGCAAGAGAGGCCCUUCGAGUCUCACCGGACCAGAUCCAUUUCAAGUUCAAUGUCGCAUUCGUUCAAGUUCAACAAGUCCAAUACAUAACGAAUGUACCCGAGACCCAGCGCACCCUAGCCCAGCUCGAGGAAGCUUCGGAAGGUCUUGAAGCAGCUAUUAUUGCCUUAGACGAGAUUGCGACCCAUCCGAACCCCCCCUAUCCUAAAACAGAUCUCGAGCAGCGAGCAAAUAUGGCUCGCAACACGCAACGCAAGCAGCUUGCACGUCAAAUCGAGAAACAGAAAGAGUACGAGGAGAAGAACAAGGAGAAGCUGGCGGCUGCCCUAGAGCAGCGACAGGCCGAAAUGAAACGUCGGGAAGAGGAACGUCAAAAGGCUCUUGAUCAAGAGCGUGAGAGACAAGACAAGAUCCGCAAGGAACGCGAGGAAAUCGCAGCUCACGAUAGAGAAUUAGCUGAGCAGAGAGAGAAGGAAGAGCAGGAGAGAAUGCAAGCCGACAUGACGACAGACAGCGAGACGGGUGCAAGGGUCAGCCGAAAAGCAAAGAACAAGGCGCGCGGCAAGGCCAAGCCAAAGAGUCGUUCGCGAAAGAAGCAAGAAGCUGACGAUGACGACGACGAAUCUGAAGAGGAGCGUCAACCGAAGAAGAAGCGGAAGCUUGCCUCGAAGAAAGAAUCAAACACCAAGUACAAGUCUGCGGAGAUCGUGGUCGAUAGCUCUGAUGACGAUGACGUCUUGGAUCGCGCCGACCAAGCCAUCGAGAAUCAUCGCUCGCCUGCUUCAGAUGCUGACGACGCGUCGAGAGCUGACGAUAAUGAGAACCGAAUGGAUGUGGAUAAUACAGCCGGCCAGGACGACGAUGACGAUGAGGAGGUGACUGCUACCCGCGCGACUAGAAACGCUCGCCGCGGUAGAGUUCUCGACGAUAGCGACGAGGACGAGAACGAAGCCGGUGGCUCUGCGGAGGUUGAAGGGGACGAUGGAUCGGGCGCAGGUGCUGCGGAUACUAGCAUGGCAGACGCUGCGGACGACGACGAAGAGGAGUAGGGCAGUCACUUUCCUGUACAUUAAAAAAACGGCGCAUUCGGUGUCACUGAGAGCUUGAGCUAUGUUGGCAACGCAUGUAUGUAAAAUUUGCGUUGCUUAAUAAGAUGAGAAUGAAUUCUUCA